CUUGCACUUUAUUCUUACAUUUACUCCAUGUCCUUUCUCUUCAUAGCUACUACAAACUCGUAGCUUCUUAAGCUUUUCUUUCGAUCAAAUCAUCUGGUAUCUGAAAUCCACUGGUCCGAUCCGUCUGCUGCUUUAUAUAUUAAGAAUAUCUUCGCGUGAAAGAUAUUUCAAAGGUAGCAAUGGUGGAUCGAAGGUAUGGGAAGAGGCCCUUUUCAUCCAAUGAAUCGGAGGAGAAAGAGGAUAACACGAAUACUACAACUACUACUACAAAUGAAGAAGAACCUAUUUUCCCUUUUUACUCAGCUCGAUCUCAACAUGACAUGUCUGCUAUGGUUUCUGUUCUCUCUCAAGUUAUUGGCAACACUACUACUACUAAUAAUAAUACCAAUAUUUCUUCAGUUAAUUCGUCCGUGCAUGGAAUUAAUCCAUUAACCCUACCUCAAUCAGCUGGUGCAAAUCUGCAGAACCAAUCUCAGUCCAUCCAAGAACAAGGAAAUCAGCAGAGAAAACGGCAUUAUAGAGGAGUAAGACAAAGACCAUGGGGAAAAUGGGCAGCCGAAAUACGUGACCCAAAAAAAGCAGCUAGAGUUUGGCUUGGAACUUUUGACACUGCUGAAGCUGCAGCUAUUGCUUAUGAUGAAGCUGCACUUAAAUUCAAAGGCAAUAAAGCUAAACUCAAUUUCCCUGAAAGAGUUCAACCCAAAACUGAAUUUACUUUUCUCACCAAUAGUACUACACAACAAGAAUUUGGCAUACUUGGUCACCAAUUUCCAGCUACUACUUCCAUUAAUAAUAAUCUCCCUUAUUUUCAACCUAAUUAUUUGUCUCAACAACAUUUUCCUAAUGUGCAUCACUACGCACAGUUGCUUCGCGAUGGGAAUAAUUUUGAGAUGAAUUCACCGAAUUUUUAUCAACAAGGUUUUGUUUCGGAAUCGUUGCCAAAUACAUCACUGGAAUUACAACAAGGAACAUCUCAUGAGCAGGAACAACAAGUUAGUUAUAACCAGCAGCAAGAAGAAGAUUUUCUGAGAUUUCCAUUUCAUUAUGGGAAUUCUAAUUCAAGCACUGGACCUAAUACUGGUGAAAGUAAUUGGGAGGAUUUUGAACGUAGAAAGUAAUUUCUUUGCUAUGUAAUUAAGGCGCAACGACUUUCGUGCUGCUGCUACGCUCUUCCCGAAGGUUUCUUGAGGAUGUUCGUUAUAGUUAAGUUUGUAACGAUUAAUUAAGGUUAUUUGCUCUAUCGGAAAUAACUUUUCUACCUCUCAAAAGACAAGGGUAAGGUUUACGUAUACCCGCCCUCCCCAAACUCCACUAGUGAGAUUUUAUACUAAGUAUGUUGUUGUUAUUGUUGUUGGUGUAAAAUGCGAGUUUUUUUCCUCUGUUUUUCUUUCAGUAAAUUGUAACUUUGGAAGGUUUGUUUUGCGCUUCUUGUUUAGUUAUUACUACCCCGUCGAGAAAAGAUCUUUUUUAUGAACCUAGCUAUA